AUGAACGGGGAAGCAACAAAGCCAAAACCUCUACCUACGAUUCCGCCGUACGGACCCAAUGCCAUCGACAUUCAGAACCUUACCUUUACCUACCUCGCCGGUGCCAACGGUAGCAGUCUCUCCACUCCCGAGGACGCAAAUCUGGUUCUGGAGAAACUAAACCUCAAUCUCGGCACAGGGUCGCGAUGCUUGCUGAUUGGUGCCAAUGGUUCCGGAAAAUCGACUCUGUUGCGCAUUCUAGCGGGUCGGCAUUUGACCAAAAGCAUGGAUCCAGAAGGCAACCCGAGUGCGACCAAAGUGCUCGGCCUGAAUGCCUUUCACGACACACGUCUCAACUUUCACCGCGCCUAUUUGGAUUGCGAUUGGGGCAUGCGCAACGUGGCCUUUGUCGGAGCCGCCGUCCCCCUCAUGGCGGAUAUUCCCGUGCGCAAUAUGAUGCAAAAAUUGCAAGCUUCGUAUCCCGAACGUCGCGACGAACUCCUCGAUAUGUUGGGGAUUGAUUUGGAUUGGCGGAUGCAUCAGCUUUCCGAUGGACAACGUCGUCGAGUGCAAAUAUUCUUAGGACUCGUCCGUCCGUUCCAAAUUCUGCUGUUGGACGAAAUCACGACCAGCUUGGACGUCUGCGUGCGUCAGGACUUACUACGCUGGUUGGUGCGGGAGUCGGACAACCGUGGGGCUACCAUUAUUUACGCAACACACAUUUUUGAUGGACUCGACGAAUGGGCGACACACUUGUACUACUUGAACAACCGUGGUCAGUGUGGUUGGCAGGGAAAAAUGCAGGAUCUGGACGUCUACCAAAAACUCAAGGCGGAAGCUCACCCGUGCAAAAUGCUGGCGAUCGCUGAACACUGGUUGCGCCAAGAAAUCAACGAAGCCAAGGCCAACAACCAGAAGGAAAAGGCACAAGGGGCACUAGCGCAUCAGUUGGACCCGACUGACAAUCAAGGUGGUUUCGGCAGUGGUCGGCUCAAGAUCAAUCCAACAGCGGUAGAGGAACCCAAACAGGAGCAGCGGCAGGGACGCUUGAGUGAUAUGAUGGGAAACAGCGGAGUUUUGGACAAGGUCCGACGUGUUGGAAACUAA